ACGGACACCACCUCAAUCCACACCGUCUACUCUGGUGCAUACACGCAACGGUAGAGCUACUGUUUGUUGCACUUUGUACACGCCUCGCACAUGAGUACAUCCGGCGCCCGUGGACGCAGGCGGCGGGCCGAUGGCUCGGGAAGCGAGGGAGAUGGCACCAAGGAUGGAGGAGGCGCCAGGUUUGAUACCGAUGCCGUCAAUGGCAUUGUUCGCGAGUAUCUGGUAUACGGUGAGUUUGAAGAGACGCUGACAGCGUUCGAAGCCGAGCUCAAGCGCAAGGGCCAGCCGCUCUCGCCCAAGCGCCGCCGGCAGUCGGAAGCCAUCCGGAAUGCGCGACGCAACGCCAAGCUGCAGGCCGCGCUGCUCUCGGCGUUCAAGCGCGGCGAUGCUAAGAAGUUCUUUGGCCUGUGGGGCAAGCAUCUUCCGGCAUCGCUGCUUGCCAAGGACCUCACCGCACGCAAGCUCGAGUUCUACGUCCACAUCUUCUUUGCCAUCUAUCCGCUGCACUCGUGGAACACGACCCCGCGCGACGAUGCCGACCUCCCGCGAGCCAUGAGCAUGUUCAAGGCCUUUCUGGCCAAAAAGGGCGCCGCGCUGUGCAAGACCUCCGAGUUUGUGGCCUACUACGCUCUGCCGUACGUGCCCAACCCGACCGAGCAUCCCUCGUUUCGAGAGCUGUUCCUCGACGAGUGGGCCGGCGGCCUGCUCCUCCGCCUCGACCGCUUCCUCGCCGCCGUCCUCCGCACCACUUCGCUUCCCCAGCUUGCGGUUCUUCACAACUCGUCUGCCCAGCUCGUGGGUGGGGCAAGCGAUGGCAAGAGCGCCAAGGCCGGCGGGGCGUCGUCCGCUGCCGUCGCCGCCGCCAACGACCGCGCCCAAGUCGCCUCGCUGCAGUACCAGCAGACGCUGGCGCUCUCACGCGAGCUGACCGAUGUCGUCUCCGCGCUUCUCAAGGGCUCGCAACUCUCGCCCGAGUACAUGGGCGCGCUCGCUGCCCGCCUCGUCUCGGCAGACGUCAUUCCGCUUGGCGGCGAGGACGUGCUGCUUGGACCUCGCCCAGACGCACUCUCAUCGCGCCGCCCGCCGGUCUCAUUUGACCCCGAGCUACAGGGUGGCCCCGUCUCACCCGGUCCGGCGCCGCCGGUAGCCGCCGCCGAUGCCACCUCGGACGACGCCGUCGGCCCUGACAACGAUGCUCCUGACCCUGGCAUGGCUAUCAUCACCACCUUUGCACCGCUGGCAUACACAAAGGUCCGCACUGACCUCGGCCCGGAGUCGGCGCUCUCGGCGCAGGAGCGAACGCUCAUUCUGCAGGCGCUGCGGUGGCGAUUGACCCAGUCGCGGCCGGCAGCGCUUCGCAAGCGGGUCAUGCAGUCGUACAUCGAGUCAGAUCUGUUCUCGCUCCACGAGCAGACUCGGGCAACAGACGGGACUCGCAUGUCGCUCCUUGCACAUCUCCUUCUUCAUUCGGAUGGAUACCUGCAAGAGUACGCCGCGCGACUGGUCGACUUUGUGGCGUCCGAAGCCGCCGGUCGCGAGUACCUGCUCUCGACUGCCGAGUGCGUCGAGGUCCUUGCCCAGGUCAUGUUUGCCGAGCCCGACGACAACCUCACCCGCCAGCACGCGCUCGGUGCACUGCAAAAGAUCUCCAUCCGUCGCACGCCGCAGUCGCGCAUGAUCGAGCUCAACAUCAUUGCCUGGCUCACCUCAAUUCUCCGCAACCCCGACGUGCUCUCCGAGUACACCAUCGAGUACGGUGCGGCCCUGCUGAUGAACCUCUCUCUCCGCUCCGCCGGCCGCAACAAGUGCGAAGCUGUUGCGUCCGAUGUUAUUGCCGUCCUCAUGGUCCUCCUCCAGUUUGACCACGAAGAAAUCCGCACCUACGCCAACGGCACGCUCUACUCGAUCCUCUCGCUCUCGGCUAUCAAGGAUGCUGCCUUUGAGCUCGGCCUUGAAGACUUUCUACUCAACCUUAAGGACAAUGCAGACGAAAUGCUGGCCACUCAGAUCAACCACGUCAUGUACCAGCUCCACGCUGACGACACCGACGGCAUGAUCUCCGACGAUGAGGAGGACGAAGUUGACCACGACGAGCAGGAGCAGGCCGAUGACUACCUUGUCGAGCAGGAUCCCGAGUCGCUCCGUCCCCCGCCGCACACGCUGCAAGGCGAGCAGCUCCUCUGCUCCCGAUACCUAGCCGACCUGGAGGAGGCGCUCCACGAGUCGCAGCGCGUCGAAGCCUCGCUCGCCCAGCAUGACGAGGCCCGAGCCGCCCGUGCUGCUGCCACUGAAGCCGCUAGCGACGAUGACGCCAUUCCGGCCCGCCCGCGGACCCCGGCUCACUCGUCGCGCCCCGCAUCGCGCCACUCAUCUCGCCCGUCGUCACGCCGGUCGUCGUCGCGCGCAUCCUCGCGCCCGAUGUCAUCCGACUCGCUCCGUGGUGCAAGCGGCUACGAUCGCAGUGGCAAUGAUGGACUCAGUGAUGACUCUCACGCCAGCAACGACGAUGACGACAACAACGAUGACGACGACGACGACGUUGAUAUCGAAACCGAUGACUCGCUGCUCGCCGAAGAGAUCGAGUCUGGAACCGGUGACGAUGACAAGACCGCGUCCAACUCCGAGCCAGUGGCUGCCGCAAGCAACGCAGACGGCGGUAUUGCACCGGAUCCACUACUUUCGCGGCCCAAGAUCCCGCGGACGCCGCCAGGCCCUCACGCUGCCGACACUUCGCUGACGAUGAUGACCAGUCCAGAGCGGACCGAGCUUGCUGACGCGCUCCCGCCGCCAGCGCCAGAAGACGAUCCUGUCAUUCCGAUUGUGGGCAAGGCUGUAGUCUCGGUCACCAAGCCACCACCCAAGCCGGCGAAUCUCACUGGCGACUACGACGAGUAUGUAGCAGCGUUUGGCGAGCGAGCCAAGGUGCCGCGCACGCCGCUGCACCCGCCAGCCACCGACGCUUCUGGCAACCCACGCCAGCCAGCUGGAUCAUCGGCUUCGGUUGGCCUCCACGGAGGACUUGACGCCGCAGCCUUUGACGGCGACGACGGCGAGUGGUCCGAAGAAGAAGGUUUCAUCUAGAUCAAACGCAGCCGCCCACCAAACAUAGCCGACCAAACGCAGGCGAUUG